AGGGGAAAAAAAAAGAGGGGAAGAGUUAAAGCUAAGCGAGGAGAAGAAGGCAGCAGUAAGUAGAGGAAGAGGCGUCCCAAUCCCACGGUGCCUCGACCUCGGCCGCCUCCCGUCCCACCACCGCGCCUCGCUGCUGCUGCCGCUGCUGCCCGCCGUGCCGCGCCGCGGCGGAGCCCUAGGCGGAGCGCGGAUCCCGAGAUCCCCGGCGGCGCCGCCCCGGAGCUCGCCGGCGGCGGCGGGCGCGUCCCCCUCAUGCCUUUGGCGCCCCGAUCGGAGCCGAUCGGUGGCCGCCUGAGGCGACACAGCAGCUCGGCGGGCGCCGGAGAGGCGGCGGGAGGGGAGGCGGAGGAGGGGGAGGGGGAGGAGGAAGGGGAGGAUGGCGCUCUUCCGCAAGUUCUUCCUCAAGAAGACCCCGGACCGGCUGCUCGAGAUCUCCGAGCGCGUCUACGUGUUUGACUGCUGCUUCUCAACCGAUUCCAUGGGUGAGGAUGAGUACCGGGAUUACUUGAGCGGCAUUGUUGCGCAGUUGCAGGAAUUUUUUCCGGACGCAUCAUUCAUGGUAUCCAAUUUCUGGUCUGGGGACAAGAGGAGCCGGAUUUCAGAUAUAUUAUCCGAGUAUGACAUGACAGUAAUGGACUACCCGCAACAAUAUGAAGGAUGCCCAUUGCUUCAGCUUGAGAUGAUCCACCAUUUCUUGAAAUCAUGUGAAAAUUGGCUAUCAGUGGAAGGACAACAUAACAUGCUUUUGAUGCAUUGUGAGAGAGGGGGAUGGCCAGUUCUUGCAUUCAUGUUGGCUGGACUGCUUUUGUAUCGGAAAACAUACACUGGUGAGCAGAAGACACUAGAGAUGGUCUACAAGCAGGCUCGCAGGGACUUUAUACAGCAGUUCUUUCCGUUGAAUCCUCAGCCUUCACAUUUGAGAUAUCUGCACUAUAUAACAAGACAAGGAAGUGGUUCAGAAUGGCCUCCUAUUAGCCGCACCCUUAUCUUAGAUUCAGUAGUUCUCCAUGUUGUUCCGCGGUUUGACGCCGAAGGAGGUUGCAGGCCAUAUUUGCAUGUACAUGGGCAAGACUCUAGUCCUGGUAAUAAGAGUGCAAAGGUCCUUUUUGAAAUGCCAAAGACAAAGAAACAUCUUCAGCGUUAUGGACAGGCAGAAGUACCGAUAAAAAUCAGUGCAUGCUGCCGUGUUCAAGGAGAUGUGGUUCUUGAAUGCAUUCAUAUGGGCGAUAACCUAGAGCAUAAGGAAACAAUGUUCCGGGUCAUGUUCAACACUGCAUUCAUUCAAUCAAACAUCCUUGGAUUGAAUCGUGAUGAUAUCGAUGUUUCUUGGAAUGUGAAUAAUCAGUUCCCAAGAGACUUCCGAGCUGAGGUACUUUUUUCGGACCCUGAUUCAUUCAAGCCUGCUGUCACCACAGUGGAGGUAGCUGAUGAUGGGGAUGAGACUGAUGUUGCUUCGGUAGAUACGGGAGAUGAAUUUUAUGAAGCAGAGGAGUAUUGGCAUGAUGCUAGAAGGGAUCCAGAAACUCAGUCAGUUGAUGGUAGAUUAUCAUUAGAUGGCGUUGCAGAAUUGGAUGGCGCAGUAGCAAAUGAAGAAAGGAGCAGCCUAGAGAAGCACGGCAUUGAUGAGGAUGUGAAGACUGUUAUCUCCCAGAAUUCUGGUAGCAUGAAUGAGAAAGGGUCAAGUGCUCCUACCUCAAGCUUUGAGAACCCAGAAGGUUUGCAGCAGGCCCAACAGGAUCCUGCAAAGUCUAAAUUAAACCACACAGGUGGCCAAGAGAACAGUGAUGUGCAGGACAUACAGGUGGUUGCUACAUCUGUUGAUUCAGAAGGACACAAAUUCGGAUCUAUCUGUCAGGAGGAGGACACGAAAGAUGUAAUUGCACAAACUUUAGUCACAACAGUUGAUCCAAAUUGCAGCGAUGAAAUUCAAUGCCAGGCCGACAAGCCAACAAAAAUCUUGAAAUACCCUGAUUCGGACUACACUACUUUUGAUGCUCCUAGAAGUUUGUCAUGCACAGAUGGGGAUACGCACUUGAGAACUACAACAGAAGGAGGACUGCAAAAUGGUGAUAUCAAGAUUAUUACUGAGAACACAGUAAUUGUGGACAAUGAGCUAGUGAUCUAUGAAGAGAAAACUAUAGUUGAGAAUGGUAACAUUAUACAGGAAGUAAAAAAUGUUGUCAAUGAGAUGAGUGCCGUGCCUAAGAUAGGCAGAACAACUAUUAAGAGUAGGAAUGCACAAGAUAACAGUUGUGGCAAUAUUAAAGCUGCCAAACCUUCUGAUAGAGCUGAUGGCAAAUUGGAUCGGAGCAAAUUAGAGGCUGGCCUUGAAGAAACCAUACCGACAAAGGACACCAAUGUGCAUGACAGAAUUAUUGUGUUACCAGCCACUGAAGUAGCAACUGAAAUAAAAACCAAGAGAGAGGGUCCUGGUGGCAAACAGGAUCUUGGCAUAGCUCUUCCUCAAAGUCGAACAGAAGCAAGGGCAAGCAGCCCGAGGUUUGGAAGUGAUGACCGAGGGCAAAUCCCUGAUAAAGCUGUGUCCUCAGUGUUGAAGAAGAUGGCAGCAGGCAAUGCAGCCCAGACAGAAGAACCAAAGCUUGCCAAACCAAAAACAAUACGUAGAUGGAUCUCACCGAAGAAGGAAUCUGAUGCUACCUCUGUGCAUAGGCCAUCUCAUCCACCAUCCAGAUACUAUAGUUCACCAGCUGCACUGGCUAUACGAUCCUUGUCUACAGAUGGCAAAAUCAAUGCUGUGAACGAUGCACCUCUAGUAUCGCUGAUGGAACCAUAUAACAGUCGGUUAACAGAAGAGUCAAUAUCUACGUUGUCUGCUCGAUCACCUACACAACAAUCCUCAUUACUGGGUGCACACAUUGCAUCAAGAAGCGAAGCUCCACCGCCUCCACCACCACCUCCACCUCCACCUAAUUUUUCUUCGAGUUCCAUGCCUAUGGGGCCACCAAUGUCUUCUGGAGCACAAAAACAGACCUUUGCCCCUCCCCCUCCUCCCCCGCCCCCACCACCGAGGAACAAAUGGCAGCGUGCACCAGGUGCACCAGCUCCACCUAGAGCACCAGGCGUACCACCGCCACCGGGAAGUAAUCCUUCCUUGGGCAGAGGACGUGGGGCUGCACGCCCUCUGGGAUCAGCUUAUGGGGCUGCUGCCUCACGCAAAUCGACAUUGAAGCCUCUGCAUUGGGUCAAAGUGACAAGGGCCCUGCAAGGUAGUCUGUGGGAAGAAUUACAACGCAAUGAUGACUCACAGAGUGUUUCAGAGUUUGAUUUAUCGGAACUUGAAAGCCUUUUUCCAGCAGCAGUUCCAAAGUCUGACGACAGCUCAAAGUCUGAACGUAGAAAAUCACUUGGAUCAAAACCAGAAAAGGUUCACCUGAUCGAGCUGAGGAGGGCAAACAACACAGAAAUCAUGCUGACAAAAGUGAAGAUGCCACUCUCAGAUUUGGUGAGUGCGGCUUUGGCACUGGAUCAAUUGACGUUGGAUGUUGAUCAAGUUGAGAAUCUCAUAAAGUUUUGUCCUACGAAAGAAGAAAUGGAACUUCUCAAGAACUACACUGGAAACAAGGACAACCUUGGGAAGUGUGAACAGUUCUUCUUAGAAUUAAUGAAAGUGCCACGAAUGGAGUCAAAGCUACGAGUGUUCUCCUUCAAGAUCCAGUUUGGUUCGCAAGUUGCAGAUCUUAGGAAAAGCUUGAAUAUCAUAGACUCUUCGUGCAACGAGAUCCGAAGUUCUAUCAAGUUGAAAGAAAUAAUGAAGAAAAUCCUUCUCCUUGGGAAUACGCUGAACCAGGGAACUGCUAGAGGUGCUGCGGUUGGCUUCCGGUUGGACAGUCUUCUAAAACUUACUGAUACCCGGGCUACAAAUAAUAAGAUGACACUAAUGCACUACCUCUGCAAGGUACUUGCUGCAAGAUCUCCACAGCUUUUAAACUUCUAUGUCGAUCUUGUUAGUUUAGAUGCUGCAUCAAAGAUACAAUUAAAAAUGUUGGCUGAGGAAAUGCAAGCAGUUAGCAAAGGGCUGGAAAAGGUUCAGCUGGAGUAUGAUGCUUCAGAAAGGGAUGGUCCGGUAUCAGAAAUUUUUCGCAAGAAACUGAAAGAGUUCACUGACAAUGCUGGAGCUGAUGUGCAGUCCUUAUCUUCAUUGUUUUCUGAAGUGGGUAAAAAGGCUGACGCACUGAUUAAAUACUUUGGUGAGGAUCCUGUUCGCUGUCCCUUUGAACAAGUGAUCUCUACCCUCUUAACAUUUGUAACAACAUUUCGAAAAGCACACGAGGAAAAUCUCAAGCAAGCUGAGCUCGAGAAGAAAAAGGCUGAAAAAGAGGCAGAAGCAGAGAAGGCUAAAAGUGCUCAAUUAACUAGCAAAAAUGACGCUAAACCAUCAAAUCCAAGCCGGCAAGCUAAACAAACCAUAGAGAGGACAAGGUCUGCAAGCAGACGAGGAAGAGAUGUGGGAUGAUUCCGGAUGGCCGGGUAUUGCGCUGUGCUUCUGGUCUGCCUGUGAGGCAAAUCGACACCCAUCCAAUGCAUUUUUGGGCAAGGGAAAUUUUGUGGAUGGAUGCUUGCAUCCAACGGGUGCAGCAGCAUGAUCGCAUCGAAGCAACUGUACAGGACGCCCUCUGUGGUGUCGAUGGAGAAUGCCGACUUCUUUUUUUUCCAUGUCGGCCAGGAUGGUCCAGUGCCAACUUCUGACUGCUGUGAAGAGCUGCUAACACUGACGCUAACGUCAUUCUUUCUUUUGUUGUUUCAUGUUACUUUUCCAUUCUUUCUAACACCGGUGGCCAAGUACAGCCAUGGCUUCGAAAAAGUACAGCCUGGUGCUUAGGUAAAAAAUUGUAAAAAUAGGCAGUAGUGUAGAAGGGUAUGGAGAUAAUCCAGGGGCAAAGAGCGUGUGUCAGGGGUAAAUGCGAUGUAAACUCGCGCGUAGUGCAGUGAUAGUUCUUUUUUAGUGAAUGUAUCAUUGUCUCCUGUGAUGCAGUGAAUUCAUCUCGUCUAUGAUCCGUUGUCUGACA